UUCUGACUGCCAAGAGCUCCUGCUGCUAACCAUGAGCAAGAAAGUUGCUGUUGUCCUCUCAGGCUGUGGGGUGUAUGAUGGUAGUGAAGUCCAUGAAUCUUCAGCUGUCAUGGUGCAUCUCAGCAGGGAGGGGGCACAGGUCGAGAUCUAUGCUCCAGACAUUGACCAACUGCACGUGGUGAACCACAUCAAGGGGGAACCAACCAAGGAGAAACGCAACGUCUUGGUGGAGAGUGCCAGGAUCGCCAGAGGCAAUGUCAAAGAUCUGGCCACGAUUAACGUGAAAGAACUAGAUGCCCUCAUUAUCCCAGGUGGCUUUGGAGUGGCUAAAAACCUCUGCUCUUGGGCUGUGGAUGGUAAGGACUGCACAGUCUCCAAACCUGUGGAAGACACCAUCAAGGCUUUCCAUGCAGCCAAGAAGCCCAUCGGUCUAUGCUGCAUCUCCCCUGUGCUGGCAGCCAAAAUUCUCCCAGGCUGUGAGCUCACCAUUGGGCAGGACACAGAAUGUGAGAAGUGGCCCUAUGCCAAGACUGCUGAAGCCCUGAAGGAGCUGGGCUGUAAACACGUAAACAAAAAUGUCAAUGAGGUCCAUGUGGAUGUGAAGCACAAACUGGUGACUACAAGUGCUUUUAUGUGCAAUGCACCCAUCCAUGCCAUCUAUGAUGGCAUUGGAAAGAUGGUCAAAGAAGUGCUAAAGCUGGCUUGAAAGCCAAAGACAAAGUGGGGUGGAAUGCUGUCCUCAGAUGCAGCACAACCCUAAAAAGUCUCCUAGGCCAAGACCUGCUGCAAUGGAGGACAGCUGUCCUGGGUCUGUCCUGCUUCACUCAUGUGGCCCUCCCCUGUCGAGGAGGCCUUUCCAGAGGACUGCACCUGCCAGUCGCUGAGGCCAUGCUA